CUCCUCACACACACCCUGGAGAGUUGAGCAGUCGCACACACCAAUCUGUAACCAUGAUGCUGAGGAUGCUGGGAGUUCUGCUGUGCGCUGCGCUGGUCGCCUGCAUCGACGUCGUGCCCCAGAAAGACUUCCACCUGGAGAAGAUGGCUGGUAGGUGGUGGAUUGUGGGCUUUGCCACCAACGCCCAUUGGUUUGUGAGCCAUAAGGCUGACAUGAAGAUGGGCACUUCCGUGAUGCUGCCCACUGCCGGAGGAGACCUAGACCUCACCUACACCAACCUGAACGCUGAUGGUACUUGCUGGAGGAUGACACAUCUAGCCAAGAAGACUGACAUCCCAGGCCGCUUCACCUUCACCAGCCAGCGUUGGAACAAUGAAAAUGACAUGCGUGUGGUGGCUGUCCAGUAUGAUGACUUUGCUCUGAUCCACACCAUCAAGACCAAAGACGGAGUACCUGAGGUGCUCAAUAAGCUCUACAGUCGCACUCCAGAGGUGAGCGCAGCACUGCAGCAGAAGUUCAUGCAGUUCUCUCUGGAUACAGGAAUCAUCUCAGACAACAUCGCUAUCCUGCCCAAGAAUGGUGAAUGUACCGAGGCAUAAAGUGUUUCUUCACUGAUCCCCCCCCCCCCUCCUUCAUCCCUCGUCGAAUCCUCCUCCACGGUUCCACCUCUCCUUUGUCUCUCCAUUUCACAUCCAAACUCUUCUGCUGGGAGAAGACUGAAACAAGAAACCCCACCCCCUCGAUGCACCACUCUUCAUCCCUUUUCUACAUGUUUUUUACUGCUGAUAUCUGUUGUUUUGAUUUUCUUGUGCUGAAAUAAAGAAUGUGUAACAAC